AUGGCUCCACGCCGUGCACUCUUCCUCGCCCUGGUGGUGUCGUUGGCUGCUGUCGCCAGGGCCGCCCCCGCACCUGACCCGGCCCCUGCGGAGGACGUGGCGGCGUCACCUGACUCUGGAAUUAUCGGAGGCAUCCACGUGCUGUACCACUCGCUGUCGCAGUGCGAGCAGUCCGAGGAUAUGGGAGGAUGCUUGAAGCUCAAGGCUAUCAGGUCCCUGGAGCGCGCGCUGGCAGCGGACAGCGUGGAGCUGGUGGACGGGCUGUCGCUGGCGCGGGCGGAGGAGGCCGACGCGGGGCGCGGCGGCCGCGCGCUGGACGACGUGCCGGCCUUCGAGGAGCGCGCGCUGCCCGAGGACGCCGCCGCGCGCGCCGAGGUGCUGGACGACCUGCUGGCCGACCGCGCGCGCCGCCUCUUCCAGACGCGAACGCUCUCCUUCGCCGUGCCCCGCGCGCUGCGACGCCUC